UCAGGAAGCCAGACAUUAGCUGCUCUGCUCUGUGUUUUACCCAGAAUGGCUUAUAUAACCCAUCAUAAAGCUGCGAGAGAUAAGACACUGUGACAGAGAGUGCUCCAGAGCGAUAGGUGCGGUGCCGUGUGAUAUCCUGGCGACAGGUGGCAGAGCGGGCUGGAGGAGUGCCAGCAGCCCUUCACCGCCCCAUCAUCCCUUCUACAGGGGUCAAAGGACAGUGUUGGAGAAGGACUGCCACUUGACGGGAUUGAGAGAGACGUUCUAAAACCUUAGGAGAGAGCGUUCACAAACUUUUGGACUGGAUCCAUGCACAUUUGUUCAAGAUUGAAGCAGACGACGGACGUGAAUUGCUUCAACUGAAGAAGCUGAAAGCACGAAGAAGAUAAGAAUAGCCACCUUUGUUCCAGCUGCGCUGUCCAACACUUCGAGGACUGCACCGCAUUCAAGGACUGACCAAGAAAAUCUCCUCCUGCAACUUGGAAAGCGUCAAUGGUGGACGUCCAUCGUUUGCUCCCUUGACACGCCAAUUCAGAAACACAUCUAGAAGUCCAAGAACUUUUGGAGUGAAGCCAAGCAAGUGGUCAGGAGUGGAAAGACUGAAAAAGCUGAAGGCUUGAAGAAGAUUUUGAAUAAUUUUUUGUCUUAGUUCCUGCUGCACUAUCUAGCACUUUUGCCCCGCAUCAAGGACUGACCAUAAAACUAGUCCUUUACUACAAGAAAGACUGAAGAAGCUGAAGACUGAAAAAGCUGAAGGCUUCUCUUAGUUUCAGCUACACCGUCCAAUGCUUCUGCACCAGAUUCAAAGACUGACCAAGAAAAUAUCCUUGGACAGGUUUAAUGGUGGAAGUCCAUCGUUUGCUCCUUAGAAAUGCCAAAUCAGAAAUGCAUCUAGAAGUCCAAAAACUUUUAGAGUGAACAUAACUUACAUUACUUACAGUUUAGCUUAGUUGUGUAGUGGACUAAAGAAGACAAAACUAUCUGUCUUAGUUCUUAGUUGGUGGACGUCCAUCAUUUGCUCUCUAGAAAUGCCAAAACAGAAACACAUUUGGCAUUUCUAGGGAAGUACAACAACAUUUGGACAGAACUCAGCUUGUCGUCUUUGUUUAAGAUAAAGCAGACGUAAAUUAGGCGAUCUUUCACUUGUUUGUCUUUCUGGACGUACUAUGUCCAAAACCUUAAGUAGAACUUUUUAGCUCUUAGCACUUUUCAAAAGGACUUAUUUUUUUCGUACAUUGUGAAAGUGCUUUUCAUUCUUGUGAAAAUGCCAAAUUUCCGUCAGAGGACAUGGCAUGUGCCCAAUCUCUCAGCCCUUCCAGAGAAGCCCGGGGGGAUGCUGACCCACUACAGCCCCCUGAGCGAGUUCAGUCUGCAGCAGACGCUUAGGCCACAGACUCAGGGGCUGGUAGCUGCCCGCGUCCAUCGCUUUGAGUCCGGGAUGACCCCUCCCUAUGGCCCCAUGUCUGUGAGCUCUCCCUCGCCCACCAGCUGCCCGUCUGAUCUACCAGGGGAGACUAAACAAGGAAACAAGGGUCAGUCGCGCCGGGGAAAGAACAUUCCAGAGUUCCUGGGUGAGAAUGCCGUCCCUGCCUCGGACUCCGCCUCCCAGCUGAGUGGCUCCCUCCCGAACUCAGGCACAGGAACCGACCGCUGGAAGAACCGAGCAGUUAGUCGCUUCAGUGUCCUCUUCAGCUCUGGUCUGGGCAACGGCUCUGUAGGCAAGGAGUGUGACCGCGUGGAUCAGCUGCAGAGUAAACUUCACUCCUACACCGUGUUCGGAUUACCCAAGAUGCCCCAGCAGCUCUCCUUCCACAGAGACUCCUGGGAGGAGGAGCCUAACCUGGAACUAGAGGAGAGCUGGAAAAUGUUGUUGGAGAACCCUGAGCAGAGGCUGGCGAAGCGGCAGUGCCACCAGCAGGAGGCGAUCUGGGAGCUGCUGCAGACUGAGUCCGACUACAUUAAGAAGCUGCACGUCAUCACUGAUCUGUUCCUGUGUGGGCUGUUGAACCUGCAGGAGAGUGGGCUGCUGAUUGAGGUGGAGCCCAGUCGUCUGUUCGGGAACAUUCAGGAGAUCGUGCUGCUGCACACGUCACUGUGGACCGAGGUUCUGCUGCCCGUGCUGGAACGGGCCAGACAGAACCACACCCUGCUCAACCCUGUGGACCUGCAGCAGGGCUUCAGCACUUUCAGUUACAGGUUUAAGCCCUAUAUCCGUUACUGUAUGGAGGAGGAGAGCUGUAUGGAGUAUAUGCGCACUUUACUGAAGGACAACGAGCUCUUCAGGAUCUAUGUAACGUGGGCGGAGACCCAUAAGCAGUGUAGCAGACUGAAGCUGACCGACAUGCUAGUGAAGCCUCACCAGAGACUCACCAAGUACCCCCUGCUCCUGAAAAGUGUGCUGAAAAAGACCGAUGACCCAGCAGCACGAGAGGCCGUCACCAGGAUGAUUGCUGUGGUGGAGGGUUUCAUCAACAGUGUGGACUCUCAGAUGAGGCAGCGGGAGGAGAAGCAGAAGUUGACGGCCAUUGCGAGUCGCAUUGAAGCCUAUGAAGCUGUGGAAGGUGCUAGUGAAGAGGUCGAAAAGAUCCUCAGGGAGUACAAUCAGUUUGAUCUAACGGCUCCAGUGAUGGGCGCCUCACCAGAUGAGAUACGGCAGCUUCAUCUGGAAGGAGCGCUGAAGAUGAAGGAGGGAAAGGAGAGCAGGAUGGAUGUGUACUGCUUCCUGUUCACGGACGUGCUGUUGAUCACUAAGCCGGUGAAGCGUGUGGAAAAGGUAAAGGUGAUUCGGCAGCCGCUGGUCAUUCAGAACGUGGUCUGCAGGGAGCUGAAGGAUCCGGGAGCCUUCCUCCUCAUCUACCUCAAUGAGUUCCGCACUGCCGUGGCCUCCUAUUGCUUUCAGGCUAACAGCGCUACGCAGGGACGCAGCUGGGUGGAGGCCGUCUACAACGCUCAGAAUCAGCUUCAGAAGCUUCGUUCUGAAUCUCAAAGGGAAGAGAGAGAAGAAGAGGAGGAGGAUGAGACCGAGAGCAGCAUGUCCACAUCCAGUUCCCCAUCGCUGCAGCAUAAAGAACCACUAGGAAAAAGUCUUUCCCUCUCACCCAGCCACUCGGACGGCUCCACCGAGACCCUCUCUGUAGUUGCAAUGGACGAGCACGACGAGGUCAGGUCCUCAGUACCUUCAGAAACAGAGCCGACAUCCCUAAGAAGCUCUCUGCACUCUGAUUCGUCGAGCCCAAGGGACUCCCUUUCCACCAAUGACGGCCGAGCUCUGGAGGGACUGGGCGAUCUGGUUGCAAUGGAGCUGGAUCCAGAGAGUCGCUCCCUGUCUAUAGAUAGUGCCUACGGAACCCUCUCUCCCGAGUCGCUGAUCGCUGAGCUGGAGCUGAAGGGGGUGGUGGAGCAGAGCGAAGGAGAGGAGACAGACACUUGGGAAGAAGAGGAGGAAGCUUUUGAGGAAACCGAUGGGGAUGGAGCAGAUGCUGACGAUGAUGAGGAUGAUGACGAUGCGGACGAAGAGGACUCAACAGCCUGGAACGGCUCUCAGGUCACGGUCAACGAGUCGUGCAUCUUGGACGACCGAACUGUUCUCCGUGAGGAUCUGGUGGAGGAACCAGAGGAGACAGAAGACUUGACUAACACCCCUCAGGAUACGGGAUGCCGCUUGCUGACGUUGCGCCGCCGCUCGCCCGUCCACCCUCGCCCGGACUAUUUGCAGCACUUCGCCCUCCGGUCGCGAUCCGAGGACGAUCUGCUCCAGCGUCUCGCCGCCCCACCGCACUCAGGAGUGACCUGGAGCAACAGGACCAACCGCAACAUGAGCAAGAGCCUGUCUCAGCUGUCCAAACAGGUGACGUACAACAACGAGGACCUACGGCACGAGCAGGGUGAGGAGCUCCAGAACUCUGACGGUUUGUCAGGAAAAGUCAUGAACACUCUGAGACGAGCAGAGACUCUACUGGUGCACAGGACUCUCAGCUGCCCAAACGGCCAGAUUGAGGGAAAAAGAACAUCGCCCCCUGGUGCUUUGGAGGAAAAAGGCGACAUGGAGGCAUCACAGCAGCAGCAGCAUCCACACAGAAAGCUGACCAGGGCCCAACUGCAGAAGAUACGCACCACCAUGGUGCUCAACUCUACACUCACUGCCUCGGAGGUAUAGUGUCUGAGGGAACUGAUGUAAAAGCCAUUAGCUGGUCUAUUGGUGGUCUGUAGAGUUGCACCGCCGCCGGCAUCACCAGUAUCAACCCAGUAUCAACAGCAGGGGUUCUCCAUCACUGUCCAAGAGGAACCAGGAGGAAGGACUUAAUUAAGAUGGAUCUUCUGGAACUUCUAGAAGCAGCACAUCACUGAAAAUCCAGUGACCGUAACUUGACACUUCAACAUAACGAUAACGUACUUCCAAAGACUUUUUCUGUUUCUUUUUUUUUCAGCCAUUUUCAAAGAUAAUGCCUGCUUGGGAAUUUAACAAAAAAGAAAAUGUGUAAGACACUGAAAAGUAGAAAAAAUUAUUUGUUAUACUCUGUAGCCGAAACACUAAACACACUAUUGAAGGGCUAAGUACAAUACAUUCUGAUCUGGACCCGACUUGUGGACUGCUGUACUGUACUGCACCAUGAGAAUAAUGCUGAUCAAUCAAUCCAUCAAGGCAAUUAAGAUGAGAGCUUUGUUUGUUGGCUGUGUCCUAAAUGUGUAUUACUUCCGAAUACUGUAAUGUAUAGACUAUAAUAUAUUAAAAGUGCAGGUUUAGCUGGUUAGUACACUAAUUACAGAUAAAACAUGGGUACCAGGUGGGUUCUGCAAGGGCAUGGGCUCUGAGUGGGUUUGUAGAUGUGUUACUGGGACCCAACUGUAUACAACCCAGAUUGGACCCAUUUGUUAACAUCCGUAUGUGGGACAUUGAACCAAAACUUACUGCCAUCCAUAUUGACCCCACAUAGGUAGCUCCUUCCAUUCUGUUUGACAUUGUAUUGAUGGAUAAUAGCAUCCAUUAGUGUGAGUAUGUAUUGUAGGUAUUUGAGUAUACUUAACUUUUACUCAUCACUUUUGGCUUUACAACACACUACAUAUUUAAAACUUGUUAGUAUUAGUAAUUAGUACACAAUUGGGAUGCAGCCGUUCUGUGUUUUCUGGGUUUUUUUUGUACUAAAGCCUAAUAGUUUACCAAUAUUAUUUUUUAAAAAUGCACAUUUGUCAGUAAAAAAAGUCGUAUUCAAGAUUAGGGCUGCACGAUUUCACACUUUUUUUUCUGUGAUGAAUAUUGUCAUAUGAAGAAAUACAGGCAUUUUCACCAGGAGUAAGUGUUUCAACAUGUCAUAUCAAUUAUUAAUGAUCCAAUUAUCCAUUGUAUGCAUCUAAUAUUGCAGGGGAAAAAACAAUAUUGGGACUCUGGUAGAUACGAAAUGUCAUGGAAAAUGAGAAUUUUGUGAAUUUUUUUAUUUUUAUUUAAUUUAUUUCUAUUUUUAUCCCAUUUUCUCCACAAUUUACAAAGCCAUUUACCCAUCCUACUCAUUAGGACUCCCCCUAUCACUAGUGAUGCCCCAACACCAGGAGGGUAUAGGCUAGCACAUGCCUCCUCCAAUACAUGUGAAGUAAGUCCCCCUCUUUUCUUUUUUCUAACUGCUGCUGAUGCAGCAUUGCCAAAUAGCAUCACAGCGCAUUUGAAGGAAAGCGCAGCGACUCUAUUCCGAUACAUCAGUUUACAGACGCCUUGUGCUGAUCGACAUCACCCUUUUGGAGUGAUGUGGUGAGAGAGAGCGCCAUCUACCAACCCAGAGAGAGCAAGACCAAUUGUGCUCUCUCGGGGCUCCGGCAGCUGAUUGCAAGCUACAUGAACAGGAUUUAAACCACCGUUCUCCUGAUCAUUGUGGCGACAACUUAGUCUGCUGGACCUCUCGGGGCCUGUGAAUUUUCUUUUUGUAUCAAGCAACAAAAAAUUAUAAUUUGACCUUCCACAAGACAUUGCAUAUCUUGCAAUGUGAGUAAUUUUCAUGGAAACACAUCGCAAUAAUAAUGAGCUAAUUUCACAACAUUAUCAGAAUACUCAACAGCACUAUCACUCAUUACAUGAUUUUUUUGUGUGUCUAUAUCGUACAUCCCUAAAUGAUAUAUUGUGAAGCCCUAUUUUUUUUUCAUCAUUUCUUUCUUCAGUUCAUCAUUUGCAUUAAGAGUGUUAAGAGUUUAACUUGAGAUUUUAAUCUCGGUUGAAACUAAGCGUACAUUCCACUGUGAGCUGAAACAGAAGUUCUGGAAUUAAUGUCACAUUCCUGUGCUGCCGCCUUUAUUUCGGUUCGGUUUUUUCAGAGUUCUUCAGCUCAAGGUUUCUUCUUUUCUUUUUCUUUAUUCUUUUAAGAGUCAUCCUUUUUGAACUGUAACGACAGCCUUUUCUUUGCUGUUAUCUUCUUCCCUUCAGAUUCUAGGGCACUUCAAACAAAUUAACAAACAACACCUAAAGAUGAAGAACAAAUAAGUGAAUAGACACAGAACAUCACUGCCAUUUAAAUUUACCUUUCUUGGAAAUUGUGAAUUUCUACAUUGUGAAAAUCCAGUCAGUAGUGGUGGCUGUGUUUGAAUGGUUGUGUUAUACUACCCCCUGUGGGUGACUGAGCAUACUGAAAUGGUUUUGUGAGAACAGCACAAAUUAGGAUUCAUGAUUCAUCCACCUAAACAGUAAGAAAAAAAUCAAAAUCACCAGAAUCAUCACAUUAUAAACCAUUAACCAAAUAAUGAGAAGAAAUGUCUUAUUUUGGUUUAAUGAUAAAAGGUUAUGUUCAGACUGCAGGCAAAUUCAUCUGUACCGUAUUUUUCACACUAUUAAGGCGCACAACUAAUACAUGUCUAUUUUCUGGUCUAUUUUUAUACAUAAGGCGCACUGGAUUAUAAAUUGCAUUAUAUGUGACACUGCUAACGAGUAAUUAGUAUUAGAAACAAGGGAGUUGCCAUGUUUUCCUUCUAAAUUUACUUGUGAAGCUAAGCUAAGUAAACAAAACUAAUUCUUAAAAAAAAAAAAAAACAUUUCAGACGAGUCAGACAAGUCAAAUGAGCGCUGGAUGUUAAUCUACACAGAUUUCUCUCCUGAAAACUGUUUAUUUGGGUGAGUAAAGUGAUUAGGUUUAUUUACAGUAAGCUUAGAUUUACAGAUUUUCACUAAAGCUGAAGCAUUAGCAUUAGCGGCUAACCGCUAACAGUUAGCAGCUAACGCCACCCGGAAGCUUUACACUGAGGAACCCUGAGUGUUCCGGUAAACCAGGGUGAUAUAAGCUAGCAGUUCAGACCAUAUAGCUUUUUUAACACGGUAAACAGCAGGCUACAGUCUGAUAAUAUUCACCUCUGAACGGCCAAAUAGCUAGCGGUUAGCGGCUAAUGCUCCCAGCGAAGUGGUUUUAUUACUGCUUCUUAACCUGCCUAGUAAAAAUCAUACAUACAGUCCCCCAGAUUAUAAGGCACACUGACGUUUUUUCAGAAAAUUAAAGGAUUUUAAGUGCACCUUAUAGUGCAUAAAAUACGGUAAUCAUAUUUCAAACCACCUCCAAAAUGUGUGAAUUGAAAAAAAAAAUAAUUUUAUGUUGUUUCUAGCUGCCCAGAAUAUCAAAAAUACAAUACAAUCUAAUACUAUCUACAUAUAAAUCAGAUGCAAGCUGGCAGUCUGAACACAAGAGUAAGAGAAUACACAUGAAAAAGAGAAUUAACCAAACAAAAGAAAAAAAAACAUUUGUUUAACACAUGAAAGGAAUUCAGAGGCAUAUUUGUCGGCAACUUUGUGAUCUGCAGCCACAGUAAUCAGCAUGCAUGGGUUUGCUCUUUGUUUAAUGUAUUGUAAAUAUAAUAUUUAUUGAGGCUUCUUUGUUUUAUAGUAAAAAAAAAAGAAACUUUCUAUUGUUAAUUUUUUUUCACUUGUUUUUCAUCAUUGUUUGAAAUAUCAAAAGGUAGCAUUCAUUGUUUAUUCAGUGUUUUUUUUGACAGCGGACUGAUAAAAAUAAGGGCUGAAUCCACAUCCCUUCAUCUUGACUUUUGAUCCUUAUCAGUUUACAGCUAAUGCACAUCGUACUGCAAUGAUUUCCAAAUAAAGAUGAUUAAGCUGCCAAACAUCAAA